GUACGCGACGACCAGUGCGGUGUGAUCGAGCUUGCAGGCACAUCGUAUUUGAAAAUUUUUUGCGGGCGAAAAAGAGCUAAAAAAUUGACGCUGGUUUUUUUGUCGCGCUUUGUCGUUUGCAAAUUUUUCUCUUCUGUGGUAAACAGUGAAGCAGUAACUUGAGCAAAUAUUUUGGUAAUUAAUAUAUAAUAAAAUAUGCCACCACCAGAUCCACCAAAAAUUCAGCGACUGCCGUUCAAAGACGCCUCUCUCAACAAAGAAGAAAUUUUUUCGUUUGCGGCUCAAAAAUUUGAGGAGAUGACGAAAACAUUCCAAGAAGAACAUUCUAUUUUGCGGGCACAGCUAAUAGCUGUAGAGCAGGCGCUCGAUAAGCAGAAAGUCGUAAUUCGCCAAAUUCAGCGCCAGCAAGCAGAAGAGCUGCCACUGCACAUUAAUUUCCCUAUUAAUUCCGAGCAGGAGUUAGUCAAAUUAAAUGCGGAAAUAAAUGACAACAAUAGGAACUCCUAUAUUAAAACAAUGAGAAUAAUUUUGCAGCCAGGUGUACUUAAAUCUAUGAACUGCAUUCUAACGGACCAACUAGCGAUGGAGUUCAAUGUGGAUGGAGUGCAAGGAAAAAAGUCGUUGAAGAGUUUUAACAAAUUUUAUGGAGCUUUGCUGGAAUCUAUUGAAGUUUCAGACACCUUAGGAUCUGCCGAAUCGCAGCUACGCGAAGCUAUUAAACUCCAAAAGAAAAGACAUUUUAGAAAUCUUGCUUUCAAAAACAAGUAG